AGCUUUCUAAUAAUUGCAGACGACUCGGCAUUGACGCCAAAAGCGAAACCAGAAAAUUAGGAGGGCGGGGCGAACGUACCUUAAAGCUUGUCGGUCCCAUCCAAUAAGCUCACUCUACCCUGCGCACUCCGAGAAUCACGCACCUCCACACUCAUCGCUUUGUCCAGUUGGCGAGCGGUGAAGUUUUCUUAGUUUUCCUCGUGAUGGAGAAUAAUAACCAAUCAGACCAUUCAGGGUAUCUCUGCUCCGCAGGAGUGGGGGCGGGGUACUGUCCCAAGCUUUUAUAAUGUUCCAUUUCUGGCUUUGAAGUCCGGUGCGAAUGCGGAGCAGUUGAGAACUUCCGGAGUUUCUCUCAGUGUAGGCGCAGUUGAUGAGAAUUCGGAUAGAAGCGGACAUCGUGCUUUGUUCAGUAGCGAUUCUUGUGGUUUAGGGGAAGAUCGGUUUUGGGAUGAUGAUGGGUGUGGAGGAAGAUUCAAAAAUAGGAGGUAAAACAAUUCAGGUUUCUGGUUUCCCUCUUCAUACUACGGCAAUUCAAGUGAAAGAAUGUCUGGAGUAUUACACCGGAGAAGGAUCUGUGUUUGCUGUGAAGCUUAGACAUCCCAAAGUUAUCAAAAGUACAUCAAAAGCAUUUGCUAUUGUGCAGUUCAUAAGCAGCACGGGAGCUACGAAGGUCAAAUAUAUGACUCGUCAGCAGCGUUUGUGUUUCGAGAAAUCUUACUUGACGUCUAGAGAUGUUGAGCGUGACAUUGUACCUAAGCCUAUCACUGCGUCACAUGUUAUGGAGGAUGUUAUAGUGCAUUUUGGUUGCCAGAUUUCUGAGAAAAAGUUAUAUAUUCUCUGGACAGCGAGGGAUGCCAGAAUUGAGUUUGGAUUUAACUUGAGGAAGAUAUCCCUAUUCACAUCAUGGGAAGAUUGCUUGUAUAAGCUUGAACUUUCAUAUGAAAGCAUUUGGGAGAUCCAACUAUACCAUUCUGUUGCUCAACGCUGCCGGUUUCUCCAAAUUCAGGCAUCCAGAUGUGACUCAUUGUUUCUAAUAUGGUCGACAAUACGUCAGGUCCAAGCUGCUCCAAAAUUAUAUAUGAUGCCUUCACAAAAUUCCUUCGCUAUAUAUGAAAAUCCAGCUUUAAAUUAUUACAAACAUUCCACCGAUGAACAGUGGUUAAGAACAACAGAUUUCACUCCACAAUGUAGCAUAGGGCAAUCUUCAACAAUUUGUUUGCAGCUGCCCAUUAAGUCUGAUCUUCCGAACAUAAAAGAAAAUUUUGUUUACUUCAAAGAAGUCGAUGCUUAUCUUGAUUUGGUGAACGGCCGUUCAUACUCUUAUGAUUUUCAUCUUGUGCCUAUUGUGAGCCCUCCCAAUGGCUUCAAAGUUCCAUAUAAAAUUCUCUUUAAGAUUAAUCAUUUAGUUCAAAAUGGGAUUCUCAGUGGGCCAACUCUAGAUGAAACAUUUUUCAGUUUGCUUAACCCCUUUUCGAAAUCCAUUGAUUUAAUAGAAAGGGCCUUAGAAAAGAUGACAUAUUUGAAAAGCUCCUGUUUUCACCCUGCCAAAUGGCUUCAAGAGCAAUACGCAAAACUUCAAAGAUCAAAAAAUCACUCGUUCUCAGCUUCCAUUGCAUUGGAUGAUGGCUUGGUAUAUGUUCACAGAGUUCAAGUAACACCUUCAAAAGUGUACUUCUAUGGUCCUGAAAUCAAUGUUUCAAACCGUGUGGUCCGUAAUUAUGCCGAAGAAAUUAAUAAUUUUAUAAGGGUCUCCUUUGUGGAUGAGGAUGAAGGAAAAAUGCGUUCAACUGAUUUAGCACCUCGUUCCGGCGUUAGGCGCACCAAAAUCUAUAAGCGGAUAUUAUCAACACUUCGUAAUGGUAUUACCAUUGGUGAUAAAAACUUUGAAUUUCUUGCCUUCUCAUCCAGCCAAUUAAGGGAAAAUUCUACCUGGAUGUUUGCAUCAAGCAAUGGUGUAACAGCUGCUAGCAUAAGAAAUUGGAUGGGAGAUUUUGGCAGAAUAAAAAAUGUUGCCAAAUAUGCUGCUAGGCUGGGCCAAUCUUUUGGCAGCUCCACAGAAACCUUAACUGUUUGUAGAGAUGAAGUUGAAUUUAUUCGUGACAUUGAAAAUUCGGCGGGCUACAACUUUUCUGAUGGCAUUGGUAAGAUUUCCUCCGAAUUUGCUAAAAGAGUAGCUAUCAAAUGUGGCUUGAAAAGUUCAACGCCUUCAGCAUUUCAGAUAAGGUAUGGUGGUUACAAAGGUGUUGUGGCUUUAGAUCCUAAAUCAGUUAGAAAGUUAUCUCUACGGAAUAGCAUGUGCAAGUUUGAAUCAAAUAACAUUAAAUUGGAUGUUCUUGCAUAUAGCAAAUAUCAGCCUUGCUUUCUUAACAGGCAGUUGAUAACUCUUCUUUCUACUCUUGGAGUUUGUGACAAUAUUUUUGAAAAGAAGCAAAAUGAGAUUGUUGAUCAAUUGGAUAAUAUUCUAAGUGAUGCUCAUAGUGCAAUGGAGGCCGUUGAGUUCAUGACACCCGGAGAAACAACGAACGUUCUGAAGGAAAUGCUAAUGUGCGGCUAUAAACCUGAUUCAGAGCCAUUUCUUUCAAUGAUGUUACAGACUUAUAGGGCAUCAAGGUUGUUUGAAUUGAGAACUAAAUCGAGGAUUUUUGUUCAGAAGGGUAGAGCAAUGAUGGGAUGCUUGGAUGAAACUAGAAAAUUAGAGUAUGGUGAAGUUUUUGUUCAGGUUUCCUGUACUGGGAAUAUAAUGCAUCAUUUUAAUGGUCUUCAUACAUUCCAUGCAAGGGAAAGUGAUCAACGAACUGUGGUGGUGAAAGGAAAGGUUGCUGUAGCUAAGAAUCCAUGCCUUCAUCCGGGUGAUGUUCGCAUUUUGAAUGCUGUUGAUGUUCCAGAUCUUUAUCACAUGAUUGACUGCGUUGUUUUUCCUCAGAAAGGUGAAAGGCCGCACCCAAAUGAGUGUUCAGGGAGCGACUUGGAUGGAGAUAUAUAUUUUGUGUGUUGGGACCCGGCGCUUAUUCCUCCUAGACAAGCUCCACCCAUGGAAUACACUGCUCCCCCAUCUGAAACUCUUAAUCAUGAUGUUACAAUCGAGGAAGUCCAGGAAUACUUCACAAACUACAUCAUCAACGACAGUUUAGGCAUCAUUUCAAAUGCCCACACAGUCUUCGCCGACAGAGAAAUUAUGAAAGCACAUAGUUCACCCUGCCUUGAGCUUGCAAAGCUCUUUUCGAUCGCCGUUGAUUUCCCCAAAACCGGCAUUCCAGCAGAAAUCCCUCCUCUUCUUCACGUCAAAGAGUAUCCCGACUUCAUGGAAAAGCCUGAUAAACCAACCUACAUCUCAAAAGGAGUGAUUGGGAAGCUCUUCAGGGCAGUCAAAGACCAUUUACCACCAGGUUACCUUAUAACUUCCUUCACGAAGGAUGUAGCACGGAAGUCUUAUGACCCAGACAUGGAAGUUGAUGGCUUUGAGGAUUAUAUUGAUGAUGCCGUAGUUUUCAAGGACAACUAUGAUUUCAAGCUAGGAAAUCUGAUGGAGCACUAUGGCAUGAAGAACGAGGCUGAACUCCUUACUGGCAGCUUGAUGAAGAUGUCAAAAAAGUUUGACAAGUACAAGGAUGGCGAAGCGGUGAGACUGGCGGUGAGGUCGUUGAGGAAGGAAGUCAAGGCUUGGUGCGACGAAGAUGUUGAUGGGGUGAAGGGUGCAACUUCAUUUGCCAAGGCAUCGGCUUGUUAUCAUGUAACAUAUCACCCGGAUUACUGGGGAACGUAUUCUGAAGGCAUGAAGAGGCCUCAUUUUCUGAGCUUUUGUUGGUGUCUGUUUGAUAAGCUUGUUACUAUAAAGAAGGAGAAUAUGGGUAGAAGGAGAGUUGGUUGCCCGUUAGAAGCGCAGCUGAGCGGCCGAUUGGAGCAGGGGUUGAGAUUAUGAUAGUGUUUUGGUGCUGGAGUAAGAAAAAAGUGUGGGUGUAUGUAGUAAUAUGUUAUGUAUUAACGUGUUUUGUUUAUGAGAUCUUUAGAAACUAGUAGGUGUUGUACAAGUCAUUUGGAUUUAUUUAUGUUGGGAAGUUAUGUAUUUGCA